GCAGCGCAUUGCUCGGCGUACCGCCACUUUUGAAGGGCCACAGCGAUCUCAUCUAUCGUAUUUUUGAUCGGUGCGACGCCUGCCGACAGCGCUACGUCGGAGAGCGCGCACCGGUGCCGCACGGCUACCUGGAGCUAAGGCGCGCGCAGCGCGCGGGCGGCACACAUAAUGGAGGCCGCCCUCGCCGCGGAAGCGCGCGCCGCCGACGCCUUGCGGCGGGCACCCCCACCCAGUACGAAGACGCCGAACGCGAGACGACUGGAGCGCCUCCAAUUAAUAGCGAAAUACGCCACGACCCUCCACGCGGGCCGCGCGAAGGCGUCGAUCGUGUUGGACGAUCCUACUAUUGGGGCGGGACGAGCCGCUUUGUUAUGGUCUCAGGCGCCGUUGGCCGGGGUAUGCGAUCAGGCCUCGACCCUAUCCCAGACGUGUUUACAUGCGGCGAGAGUAGCAAGAGGUGACGCGUGCGUCGCGCGCGUCCUGAAUGACGACGCCAUAACAGCAGCGAGGGCUUGUUUAGAUCGAUUGAACGGCGACAAGAACUCCACAAAUUUCUUCGAAGGUUUAGAAGCGCACGCCCGAAAGGAGGCGGACAUCCUGGCCAAAAGUAGCAAUGCGGCAGAGAAGAUUUUGAGUCGACGUCUGAAGGGCGCCUUCAGGGUCAGGCUGCCCCCGGACUGCUCGCACGAUAGUUUGAGGUGGGCCGCGCGGCUGGCCAUAGCCAUCGCGUCGGAGUUGUGCGCCGACGACACUCGAGUGUUCUUAUGUUCAAAUUUCUGGGCGGCCGGCCCGGGCGCGGCCUGGCGCGUUUGGAGGGAUGGUAUAACACACGCGUCCCGAGGGGCUUCCGGUCGCGCGCUCUCACAAAUUGCUGCGAAGGCCGCCUCUUCAUCGCAAAACGCACCGGGGCCCGCAAGCGGCGCAUUAGCUCGAGCCUGCGCCGACGCCGCCUCGGCCUUGUGUCGGAGCACUACGAACGACGCCGCCACGCUGACAGCCUUGUCAGCAUGCUUCUCAACACAUAGUAACAACAACGCCCAGCACGCCGCCGCCGAAUUGGCCUUGGCGGCAAGACGCGCUAGAGUAUCGGCCGACGGGACGACGCCGUGGUCCCAGGCUUGUUUAACCGCGGAGACAAAUGCAUUAAAAGCGCUCCGCGAACCGCCCGACGCGGCUUGGAGUGAUGAAGCCCUGGGACCCGGUGCUUUGUUAGUAGGAGACGCUCUAGCCCAAGUCUUCGCGGGCGACGUGGAAAGAGCUUUCUCUCGCAUGGACGACAUGGCAGAUGAAGACGAGGACAAGGACGGGAGGGACGUGUUAGUGAGGAGAGCCUUGCAGGGCGAGGGCGACGGCGCGGUCUGUGCGAAGGCGACGCUCCUGAAGAUCACGGGAGAGGGUUCUCUACGAGAGGCUUUAUUAUCAAGUGAAGCUCGCGCCGAGACGAACGAAGGCGUCCAGUUCGCCCUGAAGGGCGCUUCCCAGGAUCCCGUGUGUGCGCGGAAGGUCCUCGCGUCCUUACCCGAGACCACGUCUUCCGUUGACGUCGCGCGGUUGACGGCCGCGAGUCUAGGUUCAGAACCGUCCGCAAGGGACAUCAAAGAAGCUCUGAGCAAGGUGAACGAUGAUGCUACGUCCAAAGCUUGUUCCGACGCGGUUUUGAAAGUGAGACCCGUCGACGCGGCGGCCUGGCUCGAGCACGCUUCCACACCGUCUCAAUUAUCUUGUGCGUUGGACGUCGUAGCGAGGACCUCGUCAGAUGGCGAUGAAGCAGUAAAUGACCGGGCCAUCACUUCAUUAGCUGAUGGAGACGGUCACCUGAAAGUGAAUAUUGAAAAGGAUGCCGUGCGAAUCCUCAAGGCGCUGAGUGCUUUAUCUGCAUAUGCGGCGUCCCGAGGCUGCCCGCCCGACGACCUGAGGCGGUUAGGGUUGCGGUUAAAAGCACCGGAAGCCUUUGAGCAUUUACUGGAGGAUCUACAAUUAUUAGCGGACAACUUUACUACUUUAACAGGGUUCCCCGGCGCUGCAGCUCGAGCCUCAUUAGGUGCGAGUCUAGGAGCGCACGUCUCGACCAUACAUGAAGCUCUCAAGGCGCGGUUGGACCAAUCGCGACGGGACCAAGACCUGAAAACGCUCGCGAACGCCACGCGCAUUCUUGGGAUUGUCGCUUGUGACGAUGAACCGUCUCCCUUGCGAGCGUGGGCGUUGUCCGAACUCGCGAGAGCCUGGGCCACUUCUGGUUUAGGUUCGGGAGCGGCCUACGCGCAGUUAAGAAGGCCAGAAGUCGUCCAGAGGCUGCGGGCCCUAGUCUUUGCGUCCAAAGACCUCGACGACGCGCAGCACGCCGAGCUCGCAUGCGUCGUCGCCGAGGCGGCGAAGAACUCUGGGGCAUUUGAAGCUCUUAGUGCGUUGGUCGAUCAUGGUCAAUCAGUAUUUGUUGGGAGUGCUCCUUCCGUCGUCUCACAGGCCGUGGCACCGUCACUCGUCGUGCGGCGCGAGGUGAGGACGCUGGAAGUGCUGUUUGCUUCUAGAAGACAGCUACUCGAAGCGUGUCUGCCUCGCUGUUUGUGUGCGGCAUUGUUGCAGAUCAGGAGCGUCGCUGCCGAUGCUGGCAAUCGACUUUUAUCAGAUGUCGCCUCAUUAAGUGCCUUCGCUUCUGGCGAAGCUAUCUCGACGCCACCGGCCCAUCGAGCCAAGGAAGAUCUGCUGAGGGCCCACGCCGACGCUGUCUUGGUGCUACUCGCGGCGGAACUCGGCGGCGAUCGCGCGGCAGCAGCUCGAGACGCGUUAGAUGUCAUUGGCCACGCCGUGUUUGGAGCGAGGGCCUCGGGCGUGUCCAGGCGGAAGAAGGGCGGUAGUGUGGACCAGGCUUUGUCUUCCUUUGUUGGUAGGAGAUUCGUCCACUUGGUGCAUGCGGUCGUCGUUCACAGGGCCGGAGUGCCUUGGGAAAAGGCAGAUAGGACGGAACGGGCCGCUCGUUUAAGGGCCUUGGCGUCGUGUGCGGAGUUGUUGACACCAACGGAUGCGGCGACGCACGCUCCGAAAGUCCUAGGGAUACUCGGGGCCGCCCUGGACGACACGGCGUCCGGCGCCGAGGCCGAAACUUUAGCCGCUGUUGCGGUUGAUGCUCUCGACAGAUUUGCAUCGUUACUACCCGAUGAAGCUUUGAGAGCACACUUAGCGGCUAUCGUCGUGGCCGCGGCGCCUUCGUCGAAAAAGGGCGUUCCUCGCGCUCGAUGUCGCCGCGCACGAGACUUACUGCGGAGGUUACUUGUCGAACGUAGAGAUGCUCUGGAAAGCGCUAUUUGUACCAUACCCACGUUACCCGAGACGAUCGACGGCGUCGAUACCGAACAAAGGCCGCUCCGAAGCGAGUUGAUGCGACUGGCGCCGUUGCUCGACGCCGAGGCCCCGGCGGUCCGAGUCGCCGCCGCCGAAGCGCUCUCGACGACACUCUCUUCAAGACAUGAAGACCUCACGAAAAUGAUGCAGGAUGAUGAUGAAGUAGAUGUGCCGCCGGAGGUGGCCGACGUCGCGUCCGCGCUGCUGCGAGCGGCGGCGUCAUUAGGUGCUUCAAAAGAGGAAGCGUCGUCGGAACGAUUCCGACUGGCUGUUGCUACUGCGUUGGGUGAGUUGGGGGCCCUGGACCCUACUCGCUUGGAUGUCGCCCUCCACAAGACGCAAGAUGAAGCGGCUUCGAGAUGUAGUGUAGCUGUAGGGUCCUCCCCAACACAAGAUAGCGACAUGCUCGGUCCUUUAAGACAGGAAGACGUCCGAGCACCGCCGUGGGGUGAUGGUGAUGAAGAUCAAACGCCCUCACCUAGAGAUAAGCUCGUGGUAGCUAUCGUCGCCGAGCAUCUCGUGAGCGCGUUGCACGGUGAUAAGGUGGAGGAUAAAGCGGCUUAUGGUAUUCAAGAACUGUUGAGACUACUAGCAGGAGACGACGACGAGGACUCGCAAGGUAGUCGAAGGCGAGAACUGCCGAAGUGGGCGCGCAAAGCGUUCGAACAACGAAAUGUGCAUGAAUUAGUAGCCCCGUACGCGUCGACGGAUUAUGUGAUGAAGGGCAAGGCCAAGUUGCGAGAUAAAUCGGAUACGAAUGCGGAUCGGUAUGGAGAUGAUGCAAGGCAGUGGGCCGUCAGACUAGCUUGGGAUUUGUGUUUGCGGGCCUGUUCGAAGACCCACGCUCCUGUGUUCAGGAUCUGCCGGCCCAUGCUGACGCGCUGCGAUUCGUUGGCGCCUUUUUUACUGCCCUACCUCGUGGCCGAUGUCAGUAUUACGGGCGGGUCGGCGGGCGAGGCCUUUGUGGCGCGGGAGUUACGAGCAGCAGUGGAAGUAGGUAAGGAUCCGGUCAUCCUCCAACUGGUCUUUGACUUGAGAAGCACGAUCGAGUCGUGGAGGGACGCUUGUUCCAGAUUGGAGCUGAAGCAUCGAAAGCCUCCCAGUCAUAGGGGUAGGAUCCAGAAGCCCUUUGGGCUGCAGUGCUUCACGCACGAGACGACGAAUCAGACGACGGAGGCGUCCUCAAAGUUUUCUGCCGUGCUCGAGGCCUUGCCCCAUGCUCGACUCGCGGACGCGGCGGCGCGGGCCCAGGCCGACGCGAGGGCGGUGCUGUCGUAUGAGUUGGAUGCGAAGGCGCAACACGAGGCCUGGCGGAAGCGCCAGCCCAAAGGUAGGGCGUAUAACGAUGGUGCGGAUGGAUGGUUACCUAGACUCGACCCUAGAUCUCUUGAGAGACUGCAGAAGGCGGGUGCUAGGGUAGCUGAGGACCCUGAUUUCUUAUCGGGUCUCGCCGCUGUGAGACGAAAGGCCCAAUUCCGCGCGACGCUGUCCCAAGACAUCCGCGAGGCGGAGACGCGGGGCGACUGGCGGAGAGCCCUCGACGGCUACGAGCACGUGCUACGAGCCCACGAGGAGGUCAUAACAGAUGAAGACGAGGACUUUCCCAUGGAUGAUGGGAUUAAGAUCCACGAGGGGGCCGCGGCGAUUCGAGCUUCCAUGCCGAAGCAGCAGGCGGCGCAAGGUUUAUUGCAAUGUCUGUUGGAAUUAGGACAUGGCGAAUCCGCGCUGUUGCAUGCCGAUGGCUUCGUCGCGCGGGACCCCUCUCUGUCGCAAGUUGUAGCUCCCUGGCAGGCGGAAGCCGCGAUGUCGCUCGGGCGGUGGGACAAAAUUCCACAGUCGGACAUCUCGGAUAGUAGAGUGGCGCUGGCGGCCACGGUCGCUGCUUUGAGAAGUGUGAGUGAGUCACCUGAGCUAUUCACAGAGAAGGCGAAGAGUGCGAAACUCGCGGCGAUGGCGGGUCUCGGCGCCGCGUCCAUGGAGUCUUAUGGGCGGGCCUACCCCUUCGUGGCGCGCUUGCACGCCGUGCGGGAAGUAGAACACGCGCGGGAGUACAUCAAGGGCGGCGACCUGAACGAGCUCGAGAGGAGAUGGGAUUCGCGCCGCAAGGCCGGGGCGGCGUCCUCGGUCCCGUCGUGGCUGGCUGUGAGGAGACGGUGUCUGGAAGUUUGUGGCGCUCCGCUGAAGGCGGGCGCUGCUUGCAUGGAGGCGGCUACAUUAGCUAGGAAGGCUGGGCGGUUGACCGUCGCGCGAGGCGAUCUGAGGGACGCGGCGCGACUAGGCAUCGAUUCCGAAGCCUUGUCGCUAGCCGAAGCGAAGGUCGCGCGCGCCGCCGGUCAACGAGGCGCUAGUCGUUUUGGUGGACAUGUCCAACGUUCAGAUGCAAUAGCAACAGCAGCAAAUAAAGCUUAUGCUUUACUAGAACCGAUCGAGGCGAACUGCCAUGUCAUAGCUCGAAGGUUUGGCAUCCAGCGGGUGCUGGACGACUGCCACGGGUCCAUGAACAUUCUGGACGUGUUAGAUAGAAAUGGCCCGAUGCGCUUCGACAAUAGUGAUGAAAGAAUACCAGCGGCCAAAAGGUUAUUGCAGGCCACGGACUGCGUCGUCGACGCUCGUCUGAGGCACGGGGAAGAAGUUAUUAGGCGAUAUGAACUUUGUGUAGCUUUACGUCCUGAUUGGGCCCGAGCGUACUUGUCACUAGCUCGAUAUUUCGACCUGCUAGCCACAGCGAGGGAGUCCGAUGUCAAUAAGGAGACGGAUGAAGUUUUACACUUAUAUGCUAGAAGAGCCAUGCAGUGGUACGCUCGUGGUUUAGAACACUCCGCGAAGCAUGCCCAGGCGGCCCUACCGCGCUUGGUCACGACGUGGUUCGCCUAUGCUGCUUUAGGGCCGGACGAGACUUUGCCGAAUACAAACGAUCCGAACUCUCUCAGAAGACUCCAAGCGCACGCCGACAAGAUCAUCCGGCGAGCCGCGAAGCACGUCCCGGCGGCCGUCUGGUAUGGCGUCAUGGCUCAAUUAAUCUCACAUGCGGCCCACACGCGGAAGCAGAUCAACACCGGUGUUACACAGUUGUUGGCGCGUAUUAUCCAGGUCCAUCCUGAUCAAGCGUUGUGGACGAUCACGUACUUGGCUACUAGUACGAAUGACAACCGGAAAAGGACGGGUGAGUCGCUCUUCGAGUUGGCAACUACAAGACUACGGAAAUCAGCCAAGCAAGCCCAGCGGGACAACCAACCCGCGCAGAAAAGGGACUACGAACAGUCGGCAAGGACGCUCCAGACGGCUAGGGAAGUCUUCACGCAAUUUGUUCGCUUGGCUCGGAACAUGCCCGUCGAAAGUCGCAGAGAGGUUAGAUUAUCAAAAUUCGUCACGGCCGAGCAGUGUCAAGGGUUACUCGUGCCGGCUCGCGUAGCGUUAACGCCGAUGCCGCGCAUGUCGUCGAAGGGCCGGUGGCCGACGUUUCCCGACCGGGCGCCUCGGAUCUCACGACUGUCCGAUGACGUGGAGGUGUUACGAUCGAAGGCGAGGCCCAAGAAGAUCGCUCUGGAUGCGUCCGACGGUACAAGAAUGAGGUUACUGUGCAAAUGUGAGAAAGCCGGCGAUCUCCGGAAGGACGCGCGCGUGCAGGACUUUAAUGGAGUGGUCAACCGGUUACUCGAUCGAGAUGCUUCAUCACGUCGACGAGGUCUGCGGUUGCGGACCUUUGCGGUCGUUAUUUUGGACGAGGAGUGCGGCCUGCUCGAAUGGGUGCCUAGGACGCGAAAACUCAAACAAGUGGUCGAUGCGGCCUAUCGGAUCGUGGGGAAGAAGCUGCCCGUGUUUCAUAGUGAGAAGGUGUCGGGGCCCUUCAAACGGGCCCAAAGUCAGCAUCGGAACGAUUGUGUCGCGAUGGCGAAAGCCUAUAGGCAAAAUGUGUUGUCGUUGUAUGAACCAUGCACCAGUCGUUGGUUCGUCUCGAGAUUUGCCUCGGACCCGGCGCAGUGGUUGUCCGCGCGAGGCGCGUUCAUGAAGUCCUGCGCGACCUGGGGCGCGGUCGGCCAUUGUCUCGGGCUAGGUGAUCGGCAUGGCGAAAACAUUUUGGUGGACAUGGACUCGGGCGGAUGCGUGCAUGUCGACUUCGACUGUUUGUUCGACAAAGGGUGUGCUCUGAAGGAACCGGAGAUCGUACCAUUUAGAUUGACACCGCAUAUGGUGGAAGCUUUUGGUACGGCCGGGGUUGAUGGUGCUUUCAGAACAUCGUUGCAGUUGACGUUGGGUUGUUUGCGAGAUCAUAAAGAGACGUUGCUGCACGUCUUGGAGCCGUUCUUACGAGACACUACUGUAGCGUGGGAACGGCCGGGCAAGGCCCAGAUAGAUGAUGAGCCCCCGACGAAAAGGAGACGUAAUGAGAAGCAGGACGCCGCCGCGACGCUUCGAGUUGUUUCGAGACGGUUGGACGGCAUUUAUAAUCUGCCCGUGCCGCCGCCGCCCGGUUCGACACAAUCGCGGGACGCGCGCGCGGCGGCGCGCGGCGGCUGCUCGGCGCCCGACGAAUUGCCGCUGUCGGUCCCGGGCCAGGUCGAGCGGCUCAUCAAGGAGUCGACGUCGGAUUUGAAUCUCUGCCGCAUGUAUCUGGGGUGGACGCCGUUCCUUUAGUCUCCAGGGCCAGCGGCGCCCCAGUCGACGAAGAAGAACAUCCAAGUUUAGGAGAUACGUAGGGGUC